UCCAGGUGCCUCUUUUUGUUGGUCGCUUAUCUUCUCUUAGACAACCAACUCCAUCGUUUCUCUCCAUCUUUUUUGAGAAAAUCCAUCUCUCUCUCUCUCUCUCUCUCUAUCUAUCUAUCUCUUACAAUUGCUCCCCUUCUCUGCCUGUCUGCAAUCUCCACCAUCUCCUAUUCGCCUUCCAAAACCCUAAAAAACCUAAAAAUCCUCUCCACCUCCCCAACUUCACAGUCCCAUCUUUUUUCUCCAUAAAACCCUAAAAUCCUGGUAGUGAAGCAAGUGGAUCUGUAACAAUGUCGAUGUCGAAGAGCUCGAAGAUGCUUCAAUACAUCAAUUAUCGGAUGAGAGUUACCAUCCAGGACGGCCGUCAAUUGGUGGGCAAGUUCAUGGCCUUCGACCGCCACAUGAACCUCGUCAUCGGAGAUUGCGAAGAGUUCCGGCAACUACCUCCGGCGAAAGGCAAAAAGAACGAGGAGCGAGAGGAACGACGUACUCUCGGCCUCGUACUCCUCAGGGGCGAAGAAGUCAUUUCAAUGACCGUCGAAGGUCCUCCUCCUCCCGACGAGUCUCGAGCCAAAGGCGCCGGUUCCGUCCAGUCUGGGCCCGGUGUUGGUCGGGCCGCGGGCCGUGGCGUCCCCACUGGGCCGCUUGUCCAGGCCCAACCUGGAUUAGCUGGGCCGGUUCGUGGCGUUGGUGGGCCUGCCCCUGGAAUGAUGCAGCCACAGAUUUCUCGCCCGCCGAUGAGUUAUCCCCAACCGCCAGUUAUGCGGCCGCCGAACCAGAUGGGGGCCCCUUACCCUGGCCAGGCGCCACCUCAAAUGCCUAGGGGCCUGCCGCCACCGCCUCAGUUUGCUCAGCGGCCAGGUGGGCCGCCACCUGGGUCAUACCCGAUGCCGCCUCAAUUUUCACAGAGGCCGAUGGUUCCGCCCCCUCAGAUGAUGAGGGGACCGCCUCCCCGACCUGGGAUGCCACCUCCCCCGCACCCUGGUAUGAUGCCUCCACCGGGUGGUGGUAUUCCAGUCUAUGGCCCACCUCGUCCUGGGAUGCCACCUCCACCAAAUGCCCCUCCACAAAAUCAGCCACCACAGCAGUGAUUUGG